AUCUGUGAGAUUUGUCACCGCCCAGGACAGUCUUUGCAUUCCGGUCGUCAAAAUGCAAGCCAACGACAACAGUGUAUCAUCUGGUGGAACGGAAUAUGUCACAAAAGAACAUUUCGAUGAUUUAGUGAGACAAUUGUUUGUUAAUAUAUCCGGUCGUAUCAGUGAAUACAAGUACGAGAGUGAACAAGCUGGAAAGAACUGCGCCACGAAAGAAGAUAUUAAGGAGAUGAUGAGGCAGCUGUAUGUUAAUAUAUCAACUGAAAUGAAUCAAAAGAGAUGUGAAUACUCCACUAAAAGUCAUAAGGCUUAUACGAAACCUCGUGACUGUCAGGAUAUCCAAACUGAAGGUAAUUUGACAACCGGUACUUAUACAAUUUACCCAGGUAAAAACACUGAUGGAAUCUUGGUAAGGUGUGACAUGAACACAACAACUGGGGGAUGGACUGUUAUACAACGACGCACUUCGAACACAGACUUUUAUAAAACAUGGAAUGAAUACGAAGAUGGAUUUGGUAACAUUAAUGACAAUUUCUGGCUCGGUAACCGUCAUAUUCAUGAAAUAACUAUUCAGGGUCAAUACAAACUGCGUGUUGAUCUCACAAGUAUGGAAGGCGAGACGGCCUACGCAGAGUAUCGUGAAUUUUCUGUUGGUGAUGCCAAUUCAAGCUACAAGCUGUUUGUUGCCGGGUACAGUGGUACUGCUGGAGACAGUCUGACAGGAAGCGGAAAUGGAAAUAAGUUUUCUACACACGACAGGGACAAUGACGUCUAUAGCGGAAAUUGCGCAGUGAUGUAUCACGGCGGGUGGUGGUACGAUGCAUGUCAUUCGUCCAAUCUCAACGGACAGUAUGGAAAUACAGUAUAUGCUGAAGGUCCAGUCUGGCAGCCAUGGAAAGAAUACUAUGCUCCAAUGAAAACUACGCAGAUGAAAGUACGAAGAAUUUAACAGCAACCAUGAAAAAGAACAUAUUUUUGACUAAACCUUUCUUUUCAAAACGAAACACAAUUACAAAUCUUUAUACAGACUUCUAUUUUUUCCUAGACAAAUUUGAUUAAUUUCAAUUUACCGACGUAAUGUUUCUUUUAUCCUACCUUCUGAUUUAAAAUCAUUCUUAAUUUUAACUUACCCACAAAAAGUGCUUACAAGCUAGAUUUGAAUAGUCGUACUUGACUGUAAUAGCAGUUUAAUACG